GAGGUUAGGAGACGUGAGCGAGACAAUGAAUUAUAACCAGGUGAAACCACGACUUCCUCUUCUAACAUGACGCCUUUCCAAAGUGCCUUUACCUCUGUAGUCAGGCAGCUACAGUGGAAUAGCUCACCUGUCCUUCAUCAGCCUGGUUUGCUUCUGCAGAUGACUCAUCUCAUUUUAACAGGCUCUUAGUUCAUUCUUAGAGUUGUACCACUUUUGAUGUCCUUAAAUUGGGGGGGGGGGCACGUGCUGAUUACAAAACUCAAGUGUGCCAGACUUGUAGGAAGGACUUCUUUUUCUGUCUUGUUCAGAAUAUUAUUAUGAAAGCAUUUUAAAAAUAUUCAGUAUUUUUUCAGUCAAUAGCAGGCAUUGUUUCUGAUGUUUAAACACUCCUUUGGGCAAUAAUAGGAAGCAGCCUUUUUAGCAGCUCUUGUGUCCUUUUGACAUGACCCUAUUAAUCUUGGAGCAUUUUUUCCCUUUUUGAGUUAAGAUAUCUCAGACUUAUCUUGUAUUGUUCUGGUCCAGACCUGGAAUCAGUUAUGCCACAAAGGAGUUUUUUGUUCCUUUUAGUGCAGGAUGGUCUGUAGAGACCACAGUCUGGGUUCUGGGAGUGUCCAUUGCUGCUGUGUUGACCCUACCGCUCUUGUAAACCUCCUCAGUGGACUUUUUUUUUUUUUUUUUUUAGAUAGGGUCUCACUGUGUUGCCUGGUGGCCUAAUCUUAGCUCAUUGCAACUUUGAGCUCCCAGGCUCACAAGUAGCUGGGGCUACAGGCGUGUGCCAGCCUGCUGGCUUUUAAAAUUUAACUUUUUAGUAUUCUUAAUGUAGUAUGUUAUGCUAAAAUCGCAACUAGAAAAGGAUUAUCAAGAGAGGUUACAUUUUAUAUUCCUGUCUCCUCCUCACUGUUUCCUCUUCCAUAACUUUUAAAAAUUCGUUUUUGAUUUGUCUGUUGUUUCUAUUUCUAAAUGGCACACACAAAUAUUUCUCUAUCCCCCCCACCCUUUCCUUCCUCACUCAUUUUUAUGGUAAAUGCUCCAUUGUUGAAAAUCUGCCCGUCCUCCCUGCAGGUGGGAGCGGAGCUGCGGCCCCAGCGGCCGCGCAGGGAAGUGUAAGGCGGAUCCCGAGGGGGCGAGACUGGGAGGGGCUGAGGGGGGAAAGUCACCUGCUGGGUACAGUAAGAGCCCGAACUUCGCAGCCAUCUAGGCAUUGUGUAACACCCCCUUGUAUCCUUAAAUCUAUUGACAUUAAAAAAAAAAUACUCCAUUGGUGCAUAUCGUUAGGUUGAGGUUGAUUUUUUUUUUUUUUUUUUAACCGUAAUGAUGGUCAGUAGUUCAGAACUACUGAAAUCUGGCUGGAGAGAUGAGGAAACACUCACUUUUAAAAUUGUUUUAAAUGGGCACAGUUUUCUUCAGGCCAUUUUUCUAAGAUUGUUUUUCAUGUCCCCUACGCUCCUCCACGCCGCCGGGAAAAGAGUUCAAGACAAUCGGUGUAACGCUCGGGCUCCCCUUCUGCCAGAUUCGCCGUGGGCGCCCCUUCCGAGGUGCUCAGACGCCGGAGCAGGAGUUGAUACAAAGUUGAAGUUCACUCUUGAGCCAUCUUUAGGUCAAAAUGGUUUUCAGCAGUGGUAUGAUGCUCUCAAGGCUGUUGCCAGACUGUCCACAGGAAUACCGAAGGAGUGGCGGAGAAAGGUGUGGUUGACCUUGGCAGACCAUUACUUGCACAGUAUCGCCAUCGACUGGGGCAAGACCAUGCGCUUCACCUUCAAUGACAGGAGCAACCCUGACGACGACUCGAUGGGAAUUCAGAUCGUCAAGGACCUUCACCGCACAGGCUGCAGCUCUUACUGUGGCCAGGAGGCUGAGCAGGACAGGGUGGUGCUGAAGCGGGUGCUGCUGGCCUACGCCCGAUGGAACAAAAACGUCGGAUACUGUCAAGGCUUUAACAUCCUGGCUGCACUGAUUCUGGAAGUGAUGGAUGGCAACGAAGGGGACGCACUGAAAGUCAUGAUUUACCUUAUUGAUAAAGUACUUCCUGAAAGCUAUUUUGUCAAUAAUCUCCGGGCAUUAUCUGUGGACAUGGCUGUCUUCAGAGAUCUUCUGAGAAUGAAGCUCCCUGAACUGUCUCAGCACCUGGACACUCUUCAGAGAACUGCAAACAAAGACAGCGGAGGUGGAUAUGAGCCCCCACUCACUAACGUCUUCACCAUGCAGUGGUUUCUGACGCUCUUCGCCACGUGCCUCCCUAAUCACACGGUUUUAAAGAUCUGGGAUUCCGUCUUCUUUGAAGGUUCAGAAAUCAUUCUGAGGGUGUCUCUGGCCAUCUGGGCAAAGCUGGGAGAGCAAAUAGAAUGCUGUGAAACCGCAGAUGAGUUCUACAGCACCAUGGGGCGCCUUACCCAGGAGAUGCUGGAGAACGAUCUUCUGCAGAGCCAUGAGCUCAUGCAGACCGUGUACUCUAUGGCCCCGUUCCCUUUCCCACAGCUGGCAGAGUUGAGGGAAAAGUACACGUACAACAUCACACCGUUCCCAGCCACAGUUAGACCCACCAUGGUCUCUGGACGACACGGCAGGGCCCGAGACAGUGAUGAGGAGAACAACCCAGAUGACGAGGAUGCAGCCGCCAGCGCCGUGGGCUGUCUCGGGCCUCUCAGCGGGCUCCUGGCACCCGAGCUGCAGAAACACCAGAAGCAAAUUAAAGGGGCAGAGCCAGGUGGGGAGCAGAGUCUGAGAUCUAACAAUAUUGCAGAGCUGAGCCCGGGGGCCAUCAACUCCUCUCGCAGCGAGUACCACGCGGCUUUCAACAGCAUGCUGAUGGAGCGUAUGACCACGGACAUCAGCGCCCUGCAGCGGCAGUACUCACGGCUCAAGGCGCGGCAGCGGCAGCAGGCCCACCAGGUGUACAUCCGGGCAGGCUCUGAAGAAGAGAAAGACCAGGCAGUUGAUGACAAAGGGCCAGUGACCAGCAUUCUUCCGUCUCAGGUAAACAAUUCUCCGGUUAUAAACCACCUCCUCUUAGGAAAGAAGAUGAAAAUGGCGAACAGAGCUGCCAAGAACGCUGUCAUCCACAUCCCUGGUCACACAGGCAAAAUGUCUCCUGUCCCCUAUGAAGAUCUGAAGGCAAAGCUCAACUCUCCUUGGCGAACUCAUAUCCGCGUCCACAAAAAGAACUUGCCGCGGGCCAAGGGUCACCCGGGCUGUGGGGACACAGUCGGGCUGAUAGAGGAGCAGAAUGAGGCCUGCAAGACCAGCAAGCCGGGGCCGGCGGAGGCCUUUUCCUCCAGCUGUGUGGCGACAGGGCAGAGAGAAGGCAGCGGCUCUGAGGGCAGCACGGCCAGGACAAUCGAGGGACAGUCCCCGGAGCCAGUGUUCAGAGAUGCCGAGGUGGACGUGUCCGCGGUUCAGGUGAAGUUAGAAGCCUUGGGACUGAGCCAGAGGGACGCUGCUGCUGAGACAGAGCCCGGGACACACCUGCCCCCCCAGCAGCCCUUCCCGCAGCCGCCAGAAGCACCUGGAGAGAACCAAGCCACCAGCAAAGCCCCCCAAGGCAGCAACUCGAAACCCCCCGUCUUCAGCCCCUUUCCCAGCGUCAAGCCCCUGCGGAAGUCGGCCACCGCCAGGAACUUGGGCUUAUACGGCCCCACAGAACGAACCCCAACCAUGCGCUUCCCUCAGAUGAGCCGCAGCUUCAGCAAGGCCCGCGGGAGUGGUGGGGGCACCAAGAAACGGUGACCGUGACAUCUCCACAGACUUGUCUCCAGACCCCCUUCCUGGUGGUAGAAGGCUCUGAAAAUUUCUUACUGGUACAGGGAGACAGGACGGUAGGUCAGAGGAGAGUGGCAGGUCGCACAGUGAGCCUGGAAGUUUAAAAUGGGAGUUAGAACAGGGGUGUUUUCCCAUCCGCUUGGUAACGUCCACUUGCUAACAGAUGAUGUGGGUUCUGUGGCAAAAUAUUUUAAGGUGUCAGGUUUUCCCAAGUUUUCAUUGUGAGCUAUUUAGAAAAGCCUGUGGAUCCAGACUGUCAGCCCUUUCCUUCGUCCCAUUCCGAGGGCCUGUAGGGCCCCUGACAACGUCCCCCACACAGCCGAGUUCUGAGUGUUAGUAACACUCAAGCAUGCACAUAGCAGUUGCUAGAACAGAAACUGCAAAAAGAAAGUAAGUUUCUUUGUUGCAAAAAACGUUCCCCCUGUGAAGGGAUUGUGUGUGUGUGUGUUUCCUCAAUUCCAGUCUCAAAAUUGUUUUUAUUCUUACAUUAAAGUGUAGGAGAAAAAUCUAGGUACCCUUUCUUUAACUUUCUACCUGCUAAAUGAAAAAACUAAACUGUUGAAAUUUAGGUUAAUGACUAACUUGAAGACCUUAUGCCCAGAAUGUAUACUGUUGUGCUUUAAGAGGUAGCUCUGAGCAGCUUGCUCACGCCACUGUGCUUCACCGAGGUUCGUUUUCUCCUCUCGAGGAGAGCGUUGGUCCUCAGUGGCACAGCGACGGUGGGCUCCCCAUGGCACUUGGCCUGCCUCCUCUGUCACUCCACGCAGCUCCCGCACCCACCAGCCUCCCACGGCAGAUGCUCACGCCUCUGCCCAGAAGCCAGAACACAGCACCUGAGACUCUGUUACUUGAAUUUUGUGCUUUUCUGAUUGGAGUCCUUUGCUGAAUACUUUGUUACUUGAACACUGCCUUUCUCUGGAGAAGACCCCAGUGCUUUCUGGCAUAGCUCGCUCUCACCCACUCCUGCCUGGCCUGAGCCGGUCAGAGACAGCACCUUGUCUCACUAUGCAGAUGGGAGCUCUGAGCCACGCAGAGGUGAAAUAGCGCUUCAGUUACUCAAGGUAAAUACUGCUGGUAUUCCUUGUAACUUAGCACAUGUCCCCCGUGCAGCAGGAGGAGUGACGCUCUUUGUACACAUAUACCUUGGCUACAUGGGUGUCAAAACCGAGACUGGGAAGCCAUUCACUACAUUCCCUCCUGACUCAGAGGUCCUUUACCCAGAUGGCGCAGAGCCCUGCGAUGGCAUUUACAGAACCAGCUCUGACUCUGUUAUCCUAGAAGAGGAGUGCAUUUUAAAAAUGCCCCAUGCACCUGCCAUCUGGCUGAACAAAAGUUUCCUUCCUCAGGCCCCUUCUCUCCACCAUCAUUAGCAGAAUGUACUUAGCAUUUUUAUCUUCAUCUCUGGAAGACUUUUGGUGAUGCUUGCUGGAAUAUUGUUGAUACAGUCAAUUUGAGCUAAUUGGGUUGCUAAUUCUGAAACCAAAGCUUUGCUUGUAGAAAGGGCCUUUACUGGAUGGUGCCUGUGGCUCAGAGGAGUAGGGCGCCAGCCCCAUAUACCGGAGGUGGCGGGUUCAAGCCCAGCCCUGGCCAAAAACAGCAAAAAAAAAAAAAAGGGCCUUUACUGUGAGAGGUACCUACUUUUUAUAACAGAGAACGUGAUCAUGUGGGCUAAUUUGAACAAAACAUAAGAAUAAUACAUUCAAGGAGAAAAGCUAUUUUAUGCCCUUCGUAGUAUUUUUACCCCCCAAAGAACUGAAGAUGGGAAAUAUGACUAAUGCAUGAUUGCUGCUUUGGUCUUGAAGCCUGUGCCGUCUAAAGUUAGCAUCAGCUUCGUAAAAAGCAGCCAUACCCACAGCCUGAUUCUUGGGGAGGGUGCGGGUGGAGAGUGGGCUGCUUUGUGUACCACCCCCGAGGCCCACUUCAUCUCCCAAUGCGAAGCGAAUGACGUGAGCUUCUUCCUUCUGAUGAACUAUACAGAUAAGAAUUAUUCCACCUCAAAUUCUUUUCCUUUCCCCCUUCCCAAUGAGCGAGAGAGUCGUUCUUCCUCGGCAAUGUCUGACUUGACAAAAGAAUGAUUCUUUCCUUUCUCGAAGUAGCUGACUAGCUCCUGAGAGUCUAGCAGUGUGGAGGCCACUUACUGUGAGUCCCUGGGGUUGCACCUCCGGCCUGUAGCAGCUGUGAGUGUUGACGGCAUACCUGUGUCCCGUGAGCUCUCUCACCCAUUUCCCAGGUCUGGUCUUCCUGAGAGGGGUGGAUGAAAUGGCACAUUGUUUGGGAUAAGUAUUUAUUCAAUGAAUGAACAACUGAAAGGAUGAUAGUCCUUUGAGGUAGAAAUGACCUUGUCCAAAUUUUAAAAACCCUACAGCCCCCCGUCACAGCCCUCCUGUCCACCAGUGUGCAUGCCUUGUACCAAGUCAUUACGGGGUGAACUGGUCAACUUACAGGCCUUGCCUACUUUAGAAAAUAAAGAAUUCUGUAGUAGCCUCUAUGCAUGGCAUGUGCAAAGACCAGUCGAGACCCGCCCUCCUCCAAGUGUCAGGCGCUGUACGUGAACACUGGAAGUGCUACCAGCAGCAGCUUCUCGUAUUUUAGGUACAUCUGUAGCCUCUGGGUGCUACCUCAGGCACCUCCACCUCCAUACUCCUAAAAAGCCUCCCAGUGAUCUAAACCCAGUUUGUGAAUACCGUAACUGUCUGGAAUACUGUAUCCCUUUUCUGUCUCUCCUGCUCUGAAGAAUUGUAUUGCUACAGAGAUACGUGUAUAAAGAUUCUCCCCGUCCUGGCUGUCGUGCUGUCUUUGAGGGUGUGGGUGGGUGUUGUGAUGCCCUCCUCCCUGCUCUUUCCCUUCACCCCUCGCCGCCCCUUGUGGUCACUUGGCCCGUGAGCUCCCCUCCCCGGCCUGAUCUGGGCUUGCAGGGGGGCCUGAGACCCACCAGAAGUGGCAGGACAGCUGGUUCUUACGUUGGAGUGAGCACCAGUCAUUUAGAGAGAGAGUGAAUAUAAAAAUCCUUU